AUGACUAUUGAGGAGUUGAAGAAGACCAACAACUUUACGCACUUGCUGCCCCCGUCAUGGACUAAACACGUGCAGCUGUGGCUGGAAGACGACAUUCCGUCCUUUGACGUCGGUGGCUUCGUGGUCGGUGAUACCGAAGAGACGGCGCUUUUACUCGGCAAAUCACCAGGCGUCCUUGCUGGCGUCCCAUUCUUCACUGAAGUCUUUCGGACGCUCGGCUGCCAUGUCGAGUGGCUGCUACAGGAAGGAGACGAGGUCCAGCCCAGCAGUGUGCCUAGUGGCAAAGUGGUAGUGGCCAAAGUCACGGGCAAAUGCCGUCAACUGCUGCUGGGCGAGCGCACGGCUCUCAACAUUCUCACACGUGCCAGUGGUGUGGCCACGGCAGCUCGACACUCGGUGAACCUUGUGCGUGCGCUGGGCUGGAACGGUCACGUCGCUGGCACCCGCAAGACGACGCCGGGUUUCCGCCUCGUGGAGAAGUAUGCGCUGCUAGUGGCUGGUGCGUCUACGCAUCGCUAUGACUUGUCGCAGAUGGUCAUGCUCAAGGACAACCAUGUGUGGGCUGCUGGUAGUAUCACCAAGGCAGUGCAUAAAGCCAAGCUGGCCGCCGGCUUCUCGACGAAGAUUGAGGUCGAGUGUCGUCGCCUUGAAGAGGCACAGGAGGCGGCUACGGCCGGAGCUGACAUUGUCAUGCUGGACAAUUUCGAACCGGAGAAGCUCAAGGCCACGGCUGCUGCGCUAAAAAAGCAGUUUCCGCAUGUGUUGAUUGAAGCCAGUGGCGGCAUCACGCCUGCGACGCUUGGCCAGUACGUCUCACAAGAUGUGGACGUCGUGAGUCAGGGUAAUCUCACACAAGGCUAUCCGUGUCUGGACUUUUCGCUGAAGAUACAGAAGUCGGACGGCAUUUUGGAGCAGUAA